AACACCUGAGGGAGUUUCGUUUUAUUUUGCUCUCAGUACUUUUAUUUCCAUAAGUCUGAGUGUGGUUUCAUCAGCUGUCAGAAACUUUUAAUACCAGGUCUGACGAUGUGGAAAACGUAAAAUGUUACUUACAGUCGGAGUUUCUGUGGCAGUCCCUGGGUUGGAAAACAUAAACUUUAUUGUCCUAUAUCCUCAUAAAGUGUUGAAGAUAUGUCGCGGUUCACACGUGAAAAAAACUGGGCGCGUGCUAUCGACGAAACGGAAACUCAUCUGAGGGAAACCCCGGUGAUGUUUUCAUAGAUGAAAAAUGGACUGUUUAUAAUAAAAGACUCAAGCUAUCUUCUCUCUAUCGGUGACAAAUGAGGAGUGUCUUAGAGGUUUGUGUUUCUAUAGGUGUGGAUUUUAAUGUGUGGACAGUGGUAGGUCACAGGUAAAGGGCUGUCUGAGGGAUCCUGCUCUCAGUCCUGACUUUCUGUAAUAACAGAAUAUAUAAAUCUAUGAGUUACAGGCCUUCUUGUUCUCAGUGCACAUUACAAAAUAGAUUUUCAUUUUCAAAAAGCAUGGACAGAUGUGCAGGGGCAGAAUAACCUCCUUUCUUCCCCUACACUCAAUGUGCAGUGUGUGGUUUUUCAGUGUUUGAAUUUUACAUAGCUGUGUGUUAAUUAGUUCAAACACUCUGAAUGAAGUGCAGAGAGGACAUAAUGAAAGUUUUUGACACAGGUACCACCUUCAAAGUUAGAAAAUAAAGCACCUUAAAGGAGUAGUUUGACAUUUUGGGGGUCUACUCAGGAGACGAGAAGAAGAUCACUAGUGUCAUAUUUGAAUAUUAAUAUAUAAUUAUUUAGCUUCAGGCAAAAAAGUCAGGAAAAAAAAGGUGAAUUGUUUCUACACUUAAGUUUUUGUACAGAUAAAAUGUAGGUUAGUGAGCUUUAGAGGUGCUGGAAAGGGGGUUUUGUCAUCUUUAGACUCAGGCUAGGUGUUUCCCCUUGUUUCCAGUCUUAAUCCUAACCUAAGCUAACCACCUGCUAGCUGUGGCUUCAUAUUCAGGUCAGGUGAUAUUGUGCUUUAGUCCUGCAUAGAACAAAUGCUUUUAAAAAAUCAGUAUUUCCAAACAAAUGUCAAAGUAAAGGCACCAUCGUACCCAGACAUUUAACCCCAGAUAAGUUAGCAUCACUCUACAUCUGGAUGCUAAAUCUUUGCAGCUGGAUUUCUGGAGUCAUAAACAGCCACUCCAACAGCUUCUGCUGUGUAAUUUUGUGAACCUCCUGUUGCUAAAUUUAUGUAGCACCUGCCCACAUCUGCUCCAAAUGUCCCUCCACAAUUUGAUGAUGCCCACAACAGAAGAGUUGCACAAUGCAUCACUUGUGGUUUUUAAAAUGUUGUGCUGACACAUCCUGCACCAAAGUCGACUCUAACGUGAGAUGCAGCCCCUCAGGCUGCUAUUCAGUCGAUUGUCAGCCGAACAGAAUGGAGCUGAUGACACUGUGUACUAUUGUUGCUGCUCUGAAAGUCGUUCCCAACAGAUCCCAGUUCUUUCAAUAUGAGUCUGUCACCCUGAGCUGUGUGGAGACUGGUAACUCCUCUGAAUGGAGAGUAAAGAGGAACACAUCCAAAUACAUCAAUGAAGAGUGCUCCAAAGGCUGGGGAAGAAGGAAUGACUCUCAGUGCCUCCUCGAUGACUUUUACCAAUCAGAUGCUGGAGUGUACUGGUGUGAGUCUGGAGAUGGAGCGCGCAGCAGAGCCAUCAACAUCACUGUGACCGGUGGCUCUGUGAUCCUGGAGAGCCCUGUUCUCCCUGUGCAGGAGGGAGAUGCCGUGACUCUGCGUUGCAUAAACAGGGCGACAUCCUCCGCCAACCUCACAGCUCAAUUUUACAAGGACAACCUCUUCAUCGCGAGCAGCUCUACAGGAAACAUGACCAUCUACAACGUCUCCAAGUCUGAUGAAGGCCUCUACAAGUGUAACAUCAGUGGAGCAGGAGAAUCACCAGACAGCUGGUUGGCUGUCAGAGGUGAGAAAGCUGGGCGUCCCGAGCCUUUCCACCUACAUCUCGCAUACAUUCUACUUCCUGUAGUGGGUGUCUGCCUCCUGCUGACUUCUGUGAUGCUGCUGUGGCUCUGGAGGAGACACAAAGGUGACCCAGAUGUGUCGUACACUGACGUCAUCAUCACACCGGAAGUGCGACCAAAGAGGGACAAAGAACCAGAUCCUGAACCAACCAUCUACUCAACAAUCAGACCAGGAGCCACCUGAGAGGAGCCAGCAGAGCCGGGGUGGAAAUGUAUUUAACAUAAUUUAAAUAUUAAAACAAAGAAAAUGUC